AAGACAGACCUGGGUCUAUACAAAGACCAUGGUCUUAUGCCUCUCUUUAAAGAUACCAAUUUGCCCGUCCUACUAACCUUCUCCCAUUCUUUCAUUUCCUCCCCUAAACCUUGAACCAUGGGAACAUCAAUGCCAACGGAGAUAAAUGUGAUCAGCCUCAAUUGCUGGGGCUUGAAGUUUAUCUCCAAGCAUCGCAAUGAACGACUCACAGAGAUUGGCAAGCGCAUAGCGGAGGCAGAUCCUGCGCCCCAAAUUGUUGGAUUACAAGAAUGUUGGACCAUGCAAGACUACCAAAGCAUUCGCAAACAAACGAAACAUAUCCUGCCACACGGGAAAUUCUAUCACAGUGGUAUAUUUGGUGGUGGGCUAGUGAUCUUGUCGAAAUGGCCCAUAGAAGAGAGUUCGAUGUUUCGAUAUCCUCUGAAUGGAAGACCGACUGCUUUCUUUAGAGGCGAUUGGUAUGUUGGAAAAGGGGUUGCAUGUGCGAGAAUACGGUUUGGCCCCGGUGCGAAAGACGUAGUGGAGGUGUUCACAACGCAUCUUCACGCGCCCUACGAGCGAGAACCCAACGACUCGUACAUCUGUCACCGUACCGCCCAGGCAUGGGAAAUUGCAAAACUGAUGCGUGGAGCGGCAGAGCGCGGCCACCUUGUCCUCGGCCUUGGUGAUUUCAAUAUGAUACCCCUCUCCCUGGCCCACCGACUCAUCAGCACUCAUGCCCCUGUCCGCGACGUCUGGAUGCUCCUACACCCCGACUGCUCAAUCGGUUCGGCCGUUGACCCCGUCGAAAAAGCUCGAGGACGACCAAUCCCAACGGCUGAAUACAACCUCAAUGAAAACGGCGCGACUUGUGAUACCAUACUGAAUACGUGGCGCUGGGAGAAGUCCCAGCAAAAGAAACUCGGUCCAAAUAAACCACCUAUAGAAAUACCACUUGACCGAGAGGACCCCAGAGCCAAGAGAUUAGACUACAUAUUCGCCAGCACGGCCGCCGAUCCAUCCAACAUCGAAGCUGGAGGCUGGGUCGUCAAGUCUGCCAAAGUCGGCAUGUUGAGCCGCCAUCCAGAACUGCAAUGUUCACUCAGCGACCAUUUCUCCGUCGAGGCCACGCUCGUCCAUUCCAAAUCCGUAGUGCCGGAACCAGAGUCCAAGGUCAAAGAAGAUGCAGUAAGCAACGGCAUCUACCUCCAAUCCCCGUCCACAUCAGAAUUUCGCACCCCUGACCAAUCCGUUACUUCACAACUCAAAUACACCAAACCCCCCUUCCUCCCCAUCGAAACCUACGACGAGAUCCUCGCCAUGAUCCACAAGUACCGCAUCCGCGAGCGCACACAGCGUCGCUUACGACUCUCCCACUUCCUCCUCUCAUUCAUCAUCAGCAUCGGCUGUCUCAUAGCCGUAUGGUGGAGCCCCCGAAACUUCGUCGCAUUCCUACUCAUGUUAUUAAGCACCUUGGGCCUAGGAUUCGGCGUCCUGGAUGGAUUGAUCGGUGGCCUGUUCGUGGGGAGUGAAAUCCGAGCACUCAAGGAGUUUGAGUGGGAGAUCAGUAAUGUAAGGGCGGCGGCACGCGGGGAGGUGCAUGUCAUGGCUGAGGAGGGUAUACAGGAUUGGUAGAUGGCUAGCUGUUAGUACUGAUAAAUAUACAUAAUGUAAUAUGAGAGGGUUUAAGGUACACUAGGUACCUUAUACACUAAGAGCGAGACAUGAGCGUGUUCAGGGGCCGUUGCUAAUGCAGACUAGUCAUGAUUCCCGUCUGCCAACAUAAAAAGCCG